AUGCGGAAUUGAGGCCACAUAACGGAGGCUUUGGUCGUGAGAGAGAGAUGGGGAUGUGGAAGGUGAAAGGAGUUGCGUACAAACCCCUCGUCGAUGCUGAUUUUGAUGGUCGCAGUGAUCAGAUUUACAUCUCUCCCAAUGUUAAAGCACCGAGAAUGGCGGGUGUUUUGGUGAAGAUCUUCGCCUGGGUUUUGGAACUCCGGCCGCUGGGGAAGUUGUUGCUCUAUUUUCUUAAGAGGAACAAUCUCAUCAACAAGUUGGUGACGGAGGCACGGCUCGAGGAGCCACCCAUGUACACUCCUCAACCCAUUCAUCAAGAUCUUGAAGAGCAAGACGUGGAAAGCACAGAUCCUGAUUCGUCUCCUUCAGAGCGGGUUAAAGAAGCUGUAAAUUGUUUGCCUUGGAGCACAAGAAACGAAAGAGAUGAACAGAAACUAGGGUUUCGCCAUUGGACAAUACUUGACUAUUCCAGAGCCUAUUCAUCAGGAGAUAUAACUCCUACAACGGUUGUCGAGAGGUUUAUAGCAUCCGUUGAAGAAUCUAAUCGCUCGGAUCUUCGAAUGUCGUUCUUCAUCAACUGCGACGCCAUUGACGUUCUGAAACAAGCAAAGGAAUCGACUCUAAGAUAUAAAAAAGGAGAGCAAAUCUCAGUUCUUGAUGGAAUUCUUGUGGCGGUGAAAGACGAAAUCGACUGUCUUCCAUAUCCAACAACAGGAGGAACCAAGUGGCUACACAAAUUCAGACAAUGUACGAGGGAUGCGUGUUGCGUUGAGCGUCUAAGACAAUGCGGGGCGAUACUUGUCGGGAAGACGAAUAUGCACGAGCUUGGCGCUGGAACAAGCGGCAUAAAUCCUCAUUACGGGACGACAAGAAAUCCGUACAACAGAGAUAGGAUUAGUGGUGGAUCUUCGAGUGGAUCUGCUGCGGUCGUGGCUGCUGGAUUGUGCCCAGUCGCUCUUGGUGUUGACGGUGGAGGAUCUGUUCGAAUGCCUGCAGCCCUUUGCGGGGUUGUCGGUUUUAAACCAACCUUUGGCCGUAUUCCUCAUUCUGGAGUUCUUCCUUUGAACUGGACAAUGGGAAUGGUCGGAGUACUUUCAGCAACAAUAGAAGACGCGUUCAUCGUAUACGCAGCCAUUAGCGGUCAGCUUCCGUCUGAGGAGCUUAUAACUUCGCCCCCAAAGCUGUCCUUUCCGAAACUGGGCUCAACGAUGGGAAUCACAGACAUAAGACUUGCAAAAUAUGGAGAGUGGUUCAACGACUGUAGCAGUGACAUAAGACUUCGUUGUUCCGAGGCUCUUCUUCGACUUUGUCAGAACUACAACUGGAAGACUGUAGAGGUAACGAUACCGGACAUAGAAGCGAUGCGUCUUGCCCACUAUCUGACGAUCGGAACUGAAUGUUCCGCUUCACUCAGCUCCUAUCUGGAGAGACUUGAUUACUCCGAACUAGGAUGGGAUGUAAGAGUGGCUCUCAGUAUAUACGGCGCUUUCAGCGGCAAAGACUAUAUAAUGGCUCAGAAAAUGAGGAACCGUCAGAACCACAUUCACCAGAAGGUGUUCGAGAAGGCUGAUGUAAUUGUCGUGCCGACAACUGGGGUAACUGCAUACCCGAUUUUGGCAGAUGCCCUUCAGACGGGUGAACUUGAAUAUGUCAAGGGAGCUGCACUCGUUCGGUAUCAGAUUGCUGGAAAUUUUCUAGGAUUGCCGGCUGUAACCGUACCGGUAGGGCACGACAGAGAUGGUUUGCCGAUCGGUAUUCAGUUCAUAGGGAAGCCAUGGUCUGAAGCAACACUCCUUCACAUCGCAUACGCAAUGCAGGCUUUGUACGUUCAAGAAUGCAGGAAGCCAGAGGUUUACUAUGAUCUGAUUAACGAGAACUGAUACAAUCUGAGAGAUGUUUGUGUUGAAACUGGUUGCUUGUCUCUGAAAAUAAGAUCAUUGUGUGAUUUGCCACAGUCGUCACCGACUCACCCCUAUAUAUAUAUAUAUGUCGACCAUCACUGCACAUUUAUUUCUUUGUACAAUCACAUAACAAAAAAAAA